AUGGCGGCUCAGGUGCAAGCUCAGCCUCAAAAUUCCAUUCCCGGCAUCAAUCCGGCGGGAAAUGGUGGUGCAAAUUUUGUGACUACUUCUUUGUAUGUCGGAGAUCUGGACCAGAAUGUCACGGAUUCGCAGCUUUAUGAUAUAUUUAAUCAGUUGGGUCAGGUGGUUUCGGUUCGGGUUUGCCGAGACUUGACGACCCGGCGAUCUCUCGGCUAUGGUUAUGUCAACUACAGCAACCCACAAGAUGCUGCAAGAGCAUUGGAUGUGCUGAACUUUUCCCCACUAAAUGGAAAACCUAUUAGAGUUAUGUAUUCUCACCGUGACCCAAGCAUUCGCAAAAGUGGGGCUGGAAAUAUAUUUAUCAAGAAUUUAGACAAAGCAAUUGACCAUAAAGCUCUACAUGAUACAUUUUCGGCAUUUGGUAGUAUCCUGUCGUGCAAAGUGGCUUUAGAUUCCUCUGGCCAGUCAAAAGGCUAUGGUUUUGUGCAAUUUGACAAUGAGGAGUCUGCUCUGAAAGCUAUUGAGAAGUUGAACGGUAUGCUGUUGAAUGAUAAACAAGUUUAUGUAGGACCCUUUCUUCGUAAACAAGAAAGAGAUAGUUCUGUUGGCAAAUCCAAAUUUAACAAUGUGUUUGUCAAGAAUCUUUCUGAGACAACUACGGAAGAAGAUUUGAACAAGGUUUUUUCUGAAUUUGGGACAAUCACCAGUAUCGUUGUGAUGAGGGAUGCUGAUGGCAAAUCAAAAUGCUUUGGAUUUGUGAAUUUUGAAAAUGCUGACGAUGCUGCUAGCGCAGUUGAUGCCCUCAAUGGAAAUGUAUUUGAUGAUAAGGAGUGGUAUGUUGGGAGAGCACAGAAAAAAUCUGAAAGAGAAGUAGAAUUAAAGAACCGGUUUGAACAAACCAUGAAAGAGGCAGCUGACAAGUACCAGGGGGCAAACUUGUACAUUAAAAAUUUAGAUGAUAGUAUUAGUGAUGAUAAGCUUAAGGAGGUUUUUGCUCCGUUUGGCACUAUCACCUCGUGCAAGGUCAUGCGUGACCCCAAUGGUGUGAGCAGAGGUUCUGGAUUUGUUGCAUUUUCAACCCCUGAAGAGGCAUCUAGAGCUCUUAUGGAGAUGAAUGGCAAAAUAGUUGUUAGCAAACCAUUGUAUGUAGCUCUUGCACAGAGGAAAGAAGAUAGAAGGGCCAGAUUGCAGGCUCAGUUCUCUCAAAUACGACCGGUUCCCAUGGCUGCUUCAGUUGCCCCUCGGAUGCCAAUCUAUCCCCCUGGUGGUCCAGGUAUCGGACAGCAAAUGUUUUAUGGUCAAGGUCCUCCUACAAUGAUUCCUUCCCAAGGUGGCUUUGGUUAUCAGCAGCAGCUUGUUCCUGGUAUAAGGCCCGGUGGAGGUCCAAUGCCAAAUUUCUUUGUCCCAAUGGUUCAACAGGGUCAGCAAGGGCCGCGUCCUGGUGGCAGACGUGCAGGAGCUGUCCAGCAAACCCAGCAGCCUGUUCCAAUGAUGCAACAACAGAUGAUGCCUAGAGGAGGACGUGUCUAUCGCUAUCCCCCAGGAAGAGGUCUGCCUGAUGUUCCUAUGCCUGGUGUUGCUGGAGGCAUGUUUUCUGUUCCAUAUGAUAUGGGUGGUAUGCCGUUGCGUGAUGCAUCCCUCUCCUCUCAACCUGUCCCUGUAGGUGCUCUGGCAUCUGCUUUGGCAAAUGCUACUCCAGACCAACAGAGAACAAUGCUGGGGGAGAAUCUUUACCCGCUUGUGGAACAGUUGGAGCCAGACAACGCAGCCAAGGUAACUGGAAUGCUUCUUGAGAUGGACCAGACUGAGGUCUUGCAUUUACUCGAGUCCCCGGAGGCUUUGAAGGCGAAAGUAGCUGAGGCUAUGGAGGUUUUGAGGAAUGUAGCUGCUGCAACACAGCAGCAGCAAGCAGGCAAUGCAGCCGCUGAUCAGCUAGCCUCUCUGUCGCUGACCGAGAACCUCGUGUCGUGAGUUGGUUGGUUUGGUUGGGGUUGUGUUCAUAAGGCUUCCUGAUUCAUGAAUGAAUGAAAACAUGUAGUAGUUGUGUGCGAUACGAUCGACUCGUUGUUUAUUUGUGGAGACCACGGUUUUUCCCCUCAGAACUCCUGAAGACUGCUGACAGUUUCUUUGUUUUUUUUCCCCUUCUUUUUAGUUCUGCUUUGAUGGUACACUUUUUCCUUAGGUUGAAGGUUUAUUUAUUUUCUCUCUUUUGACAUUAAUCCGGAUAGUCAUUUUUUUAAU